AUGGCUGGACAGAAAUUGACACCCGAAUACGUGAAGCGAGUCAGAGAGAUAUUUGAUGUAUUUGACAUCGAACAUAACGAAAAUGAUGAGAUGUCCAUAGACCACAUGGGUUUGAUCAUCAGAGCGUUUGGCCAGAUUCCAUCCGAAGAAGAAGUUCAGGAAAUUAUCGACGAAGUAGAUGCUGAUGGUAAUAGGAGGUUGUUGUUCUCGGAGUUGCUGGACUUGUUGGCGGGACUGCCGCCGAACGAGCGAGGCAGUAGAGAGGAGUUGGAGCAGGCGUUUGAAAUUUUCAAGGAGAGAGAGGUUCGACUGAUUUGA